AUGCCGGAUCCCAUUGUGUCGCAUGGCCGUGGCGGUCAGGGAAAUAUUGGCGAAGACCCUACGCCUUACGCCGAUGGUGAAAUCGUCCGCGAGGGUCCUACUGGUCAAUCCAGCGAUGGCGCUUUCUCUACUGGCCGCGGCGGUGAAGGCAACAUCGGCUCGCCCGGGAUCAAAGCGACGCACAGGAAUGACAUUGAAGCUAUCCCGGAAACGGCCAUCCGAACCUCUGAAGGGGAUGAAAGUUAUCACGUCGGUCGAGGUGGUGAGGGCAAUAUCCACCGACCGAGCAACGCCCCGACCCAUGAUGGUCUGGCCGAUAAGCUUAAGUAUAAGCUUUUCGGGAAAAAACACCACACAGAGGGCGGCUCAAGCACCUGA